CCGACCUUGUGCUGAGUACACCGGCUCUGCCGGGUCUUCGACCUGAGGUCCUGCCCCAUGGCUACGCCCACCGGAAAUUACGGAGGAUGGGAAGCUUUUGGCAAACUCUCUCAAACGUGGCUUCCAAAACAAAGUGGGGGACGCAUUGAGGAGCCUACGAACCUUUCCCGAUGUGUACCGGGAUUUGCUUGUCGGCAGCCAAAGUCUGGCAAACACAACAAACCAAAGUACUAUGACUUUGGGGUGGGCAAUCUGAGCACGUCUGCGCAUUGCACUGACUUCCAUGGCAAGAAGAGGCCAACAAAGGAGAAGCGCAAGAUGGAGGAAUUGAAGCAGGAACUGAAGGAGGACUUAAACGAGGGUCGGAUGGAGGGUCGGACGAAGGGGCACAUGCACGUCAUGGAGAAGUUGGUAUUCCUUGCAACCCUAAAGUAUAUGGGAAAGGCGGAAUUGUUGGAGAAGAUGGGCUAUAGGCAAACAGAGCUGUGUUCCGCAGAGAGUGCAUCUUUUCAUAUGCGGCGGCGUAUCGGAAAUCCGCUGAAUUGUAUUCCCUUUCCUUGUAUGGUUAGAAGUGUAACCGCCCAGGUCAGGGUAAAAGUCCUUUUACGGGUGCUACGGGUAUCUCACGAUAUAAUGGCAAAGCUUGCAAUGCAAUGCUCAGGUCAGGAAAGGUGGUAGAAAGGGGUUGUCACUGUGCUUGCGACGGUCGCGCUGGUCGGGUUGGAGUUGG